GGAGGAGGAGGAGGAGGAGGAGGAGGAGGAGGAGGGAGUCCCGGCUCCGGCAUGAGGCCGGGCUGAGCGAUGUGCGAGCAGGCAGCGCGGUCGUGCCGGGCCGGCGUGCACAGGCUGCUGCGCAAACCUCCGCCGGCGCUGCGCGGGCUGGACGGGCUCCUGCGCUGGGUGGUGGCCAGGAUGAGCGACAAAGGCGUCGCCGACAGGGAGCUGCUCACCCCCGGAGCCGCUUCGCAGAGGAAGGGCACCUCCGUCAUCCUCGAUAUUUUCAGAAGAGCUGACAAAAAUGAUGACGGGAAGCUGUCCCUGGAGGAGUUCCAGGCCUUUUUUUCAGAUGGGACACUCAACGAGGAAGAACUUGAGAAGCUCUUCCACACCAUCGACUCGGACAACACCAACAACGUGGACACCAAGGAGCUGUGUGACUAUUUUGCUGAUCAUAUGGGAGACUAUGAAGACGUCUUGGCCUCGCUGGAGACCCUGAACCUCUCCAUCCUGAAGGCGAUGGACUACACCAAACGGGUGUAUGAGAGCGGCAGCAAUGUGGACCAGUUCGUCACCCGCUUCCUGCUGAAGGAGACGGCCAACCAGACCCAGUCGCUGCUCAGCUCGGUGGAGAGCGCCGUGGAUGCCAUUGAUGAGCAGACCAACCCCGCCAGGCACUACCACGGCCAGGCUGGCCACGCGCUGGUGGAGCCCUGGUACGACAGCCCCGUGCCCAGCUAUGCGCCCCCUGCCCGCGUGGUGCCCAGGGACCGCGGGAAGGGCAGCCAGACCGGUCCCUCUGACCCCAAGGAGGACGGGCUGGAGGGGCAGAUCAGCAGGCUGGCCGCACUCAUCGGCAGGCUGGAGGACAAGACCCUCUGGUUCGACUUGCACCAGCGGCUGUCAGACAGCGAAAGCACAGCGUGCACGUACCUCCUCCUGGUGCGGGAUGAGAUGACGGUGUCGCACAAGCACCUGGGCGAGUUCUGCAGCUCCCUGAAGCAGUACCUGAAGAGCGUGGCCGGGGAGAGGGACUGCUUCCACGUCACCGCGGUCAAGCUGCCCGACGGGGUCACCUUCAUCGUCUAUGAGUUUUGGGAGACUGAGGAGGACUGGAAGAGGCACCUGCAGAGUGCCACCUGCAAGGGCUUCCAGCACGUCAAGGUGGACACCCUGAGCCAGCCCGAGGCCGUCUCCAGCGUGGCUGUGCCAGCCGCCUGGUGCACCCUGAGCCGAGAGUGACAGCACCGAGGGCCUGGCCGUGCCCCCCUCCUGACAGCCCCAGGAGGGUGGGAGGUGUGAGUGUCACCUGCCUGCGCUGAAGGAGCCCGCUGUGAUACCCCCCAAACCCCCCCAAACCUCCCGCAUCCCAUCCCUGGCUACCGCAUCCCUGGGGGCACCUCUCCAAGGGGGUGGGGGCAUGAUGAGGAUGGGGUGGGUAUGGGAGUGCUGACCCCCCAAAAAUGGAUGUUGGGGUCCCUUUAGGGCCCUGAUGGGGUCUACAGGGGAGGGAGCAGGGCUGUGGGGUGACAGGGAUGGAAAUCUGGGGGUAGGUGGGGGUUCCCAGGGGUUACCUUCACUCAUUGGGGUGGCAGUGGGUGUCUCACAGGGUUGGGGGGUGGCUGUGUCAUGCCCCCCCUUCCCCAAAUGCUGGGGUCUGUACGUCCGUGCGUGCCUGUCUGUCUGUCUGUCUGUGCACACCCUGCCUGACCCCAUGGGCUGCCCGAGGGGGGGUUGGAGGGGUGUAUGUGGGGGCCUCACCAGGUCCCUUCCUCACCCAAGUGUUUAUUAACAGUAGAGCAAUGGAGACAACGAUACUGAAUAAAACCGUGAUGGGAG